AUGCCAGGCCCCGUGGACACCGCAAAGUCCAUCAACAAGCGGAAGAGAAAGCACGGCUCCCGCGCAGAGAAAGAAGAUGCCGUCAAGCCCGUCGAAGCCAAGUCCCCUUCAGUGACCCCGAAAAAGAGCAAGAGUGCUGCCUCAACCAAGUCUCCCGCUGAAAAGUCGACCAAGAAGCGCAAGGUCAGCCCUUCGCCCAGCGCCGAGGAAAGCGCCUCUGAGGAGGAGGUCGAGGAUGUCGAGGUGGAUGCACAGGAAGACAGCGAUGCUGAAGAAUCAGAGGAAGCCGAGGUCAAGGAUGCUGGCGCAGAUCUCCCAACCAUGGACGAUGUCCGUUUGCCACAGACUGAGGGUGAGCUCCAGAAAUUCACUGAGCUCAACCUCUCCGACAAGACUAUGCAGGCGAUCAAGGAAAUGGGCUUCGAGACCAUGACCGAAAUUCAACAGCGUACCAUCCCUGCUCUGCUUGCUGGACGGGAUGUGCUUGGUGCUGCGAAGACUGGUUCCGGAAAAACCCUGUCCUUCUUGAUCCCCGCUAUCGAGAUGCUGAGCGCUCUGCGCUUCAAGCCCAGAAACGGUACCGGUGUUCUCGUCGUGUCCCCUACUCGUGAGCUCGCGUUGCAAAUCUUCGGUGUAGCACGCGAGUUGAUGCAAUUCCACUCGCAAACAUAUGGUAUUGUCAUUGGAGGAGCCAACCGCCGCGCCGAGGCGGACAAGUUGAUGAAGGGUGUCAACCUGCUCAUUGCGACCCCCGGUCGUCUUUUGGAUCACCUGCAGAACACGCAAGGAUUCAUCUUCAAAAACCUGAAGACCCUAAUCAUUGACGAGGCUGACCGUAUUCUGGAAGUCGGAUUCGAGGAUGAAAUGCGUCAAAUCGUCAAGAUCCUGCCCAAGGAAGAGCGUCAGACCAUGCUCUUCUCCGCCACACAAACCACCAAGGUUGAGGACCUGGCCCGUAUAUCGCUGCGCCCUGGACCUCUGUACAUUAAUGUUGAUCAUCGGAAAGAGCACAGUACCGUCGCCGGUCUCGAGCAGGGCUACGUUCUCUGUGAAGCCGACAAGCGUUUCCUACUUCUCUUCUCGUUCCUCAAGCGCAACCUCAAGAAGAAGAUUAUUGUCUUCUUCUCCAGCUGCAACUGUGUCAAGUACCACGCUGAGCUGCUGAACUACAUCGAUCUCCCCGUUCUCGAGCUUCACGGAAAGCAGAAGCAGCAGAAGCGCACCAACACCUUCUUCGAGUUCUGCAAUGCCAAGCAGGGCACCCUGAUCUGUACCGACGUUGCUGCUCGUGGCUUGGAUAUCCCCGCCGUCGACUGGAUUAUCCAGUUCGAUCCCCCCGAUGAUCCCCGUGACUACAUUCACCGUGUCGGACGUACCGCCCGUGGUGCCGAUGGCAAGGGUCGCAGUCUGAUGUUCCUCCAGCCUUCCGAGGUCGGCUUCUUGAAGCACUUGAAGGAGGCCCGCGUGCCUGUCGUCGAAUUCGAGUUCCCAGCCUCCAAGAUUGUCAAUGUGCAGUCCCAGCUCGAGAAGCUCAUCGGCCAAAACUACUACCUCAACAAGUCCGCCAAGGAUGGUUACCGGUCCUACCUCCAGGCCUAUGCCUCCCACUCCCUUCGUUCCGUCUUCGACGUGAACAAGCUGGACCUCGUCAAGGUCGCCAAGGGCUUCGGUUUCUCUGCGCCUCCCCGUAUCGAUAUCCAGCUGGGCGCCAGCCUGAGCCGGGAUAAGAAGCAGGAGCAGCAGGGCCGUCGCACCUACGGCAGCCAGCCUAAGAACGGUGCCGGUCUGAAGUUCAAGCGCAAGCACGAUGAUUAA